UAGAAAGUGUUGUCGAGUAUCAUCAAAAUCUGAGUGACAGAGGCUUCCAAGCCUUGGUGUAUAGCGGUGAUCAUGACAUUAAUAUACCUUACAUGGCCACGUUGAAAUGGAUCCGCCAACUGAAUUUGUCUGUGAAUGAUGAGUGGAGGGCGUGGACCGUCGAUGGUCAAGUUGCAGGAUACACUGAGCUAUACAAGAGUAAGAUCAAGGAAGCUUACCUCAUGUUUGCUACAAUCAAGGGGGCAGGGCAUACAGCACCAGAAUACAAGCCUAGAGAGUGUUUGGAAAUGUUAAAAAGAUGGUUGUCUCUCUUCCCACUCUAAAAUCUCUCUCAUCUUCAUUUAUGUAAUAAUUUACCAUUUUUGCUUGGAUUAAAGCACUUGGAAUUUUGUAUUCAUUUGUGUAGUAUUGGUUUUUUUUU